ACAGUUCUGAUGAACUCUUCAGAAGGUCUCAUGAACUUCUGGGAAGGAGACAGCUUGGCUGAGAAGUUUCUCCGCAUAGAGCGAGAGCAGAGCAUACGCCUGAAGGAGCUCACUUUCCUCGAUCCCAUCCAAUAUGUUUACAACCCACUAGAUUAUGCCUGGGAACCCCACCAAGACUACGUGCGUAAAUACUGCCAGUCAUCCAAGAAGGUGCUCUUUCUUGGUAUGAACCCGGGGCCUUUUGGUAUGGCCCAGACAGGGGUGCCCUUUGGAGAGGUGCAGCUGGUCCGUGACUGGCUUCAGGUCCGUGGACAGGUAUCUCGGCCAGCAUGUGAGCACCCGAAAAGACCAAUCCGGGGCCUGGAAUGCCCCCAGACGGAGGUGAGCGGUGCCCGCUUCUGGGGCUUCUUUCGUUCCGUGUGCGCCAGCCCCGAGGUGUUCUUCCACCACUGUUUUGUCCACAACCAUUGCCCACUGCUUUUCAUCAGCCAGAGCGGCCGCAACCUGACCCCAGCUGACUUGCCAGCCGCUCAGCGGGAACGGCUCAUGCAGGUCUGUGAUGAUGCCUUGUGCGAGGCUAUAAAGUUAUUGGGCAUUGCCAUGGUGAUUGGCGUGGGACGCUUUGCUGAACAGCGUGCCCGCAAAGCCCUCUCGGCUGCUGGCAUUCCAGUGCGAGUAGAGGGGGUGAUGCAUCCCUCGCCUCGCAACCCCCGAGCAAACAAGGGCUGGAACGCCAUCAUCAGAGCGAGACUGGAGGAACUGGGCGUGAUGAGUCUUGUGGCAAAUUGAUCCAUUGGUGAACUCAAGAUCCAGAAAAGAACUGGAUUUCCUCUGCAACUUUGGACGCUUCUAAUGGAAUAACCAUUGACUUGGGUGAGAACUUACAAGUCAACUGUUUACACUACUGCCAUUUUUAAAAACUUCCAUUUUACACUACAGUUUUUUUCUUUUUCUUUUUUUUUUGUAUUUCUGAGAUCCACUCAUUCUGGAUCCCAAUGCUGGACCUUCUCAAGGAUUUGGGUUUGCAGCCCAUUUCUGUGUUUUCUGGUGCUAAAACUUGUUCCAAGUGAUUCUCUGGCCUCUCUUAGUAAUGCCCUUUUGCCCAAUCAGGUGCCAAUGGCUUCUACGGGAAUCUCCAUGACCUAAUUCACAGUAGCUAAGCAAAGCUGGGAAAUAGCAUUGACCAGGCUUCUUGCUAUAUCCUUAUUGCCUUGGGGCUGAGUACAGUUAAGCCAUUCAAUGCGGACCUUGAUGGCUUUAAGCAGCUGCAUGAGAAUUGCUUAUCUAUUGCCUUCCUGUGUUGCCUCAGGAAUGCACAACGCCAGAAAAAGCCAAUGGGAAUUAGCUGCUACAUUGUCACAAAUAAGCAUUAAUUGGUCCUUGAAGUGUGUUCACACUGUGUUCUGACUAGGAGAAAAAGCUUGCCUCUCCUAGCGCAUUCCUACUCUGAUCUUUACUGCCAACCCCUCACACUUGGUCACCAGACUUCUAAACCAGGCAGGUGGAUCGAAGGUAGUCUGCUCUCCUUUAGAAACACCCAUAAGACCCUUCCUUUCUGCAUCCACUUCUGAAGAACAGCAACUUGUUUGCAAUGGACAGGGGAAGAAUGAUUUAGGAUGGAGAACAGCUUGCCUUUGAUGCAGUUGAGCUGUCCUUCUCAAACAUGGCAGGAUGUACAGUCAGGUUGAGGAGCACUAAAGGAAAAAGUCAGUUCUUCUUUAAUGAAGAGUUUAUACUGCAACCAACCCAAUCACAGAGCACUAAACAGAGAUUGCAUUCAGGAUGCCUAGAUUGGUCCUGCGGAAAAAAGCUAUUAUAAAUGCACCUUUGAGAGCCAGUUUGGUGUACUGGUUAAGUGCACGGACUCUUAUCUGGGAGAACUGGGUUUGAUUUCCCAUCCUCACAUGCACCUGCUGAUGUAACCUUGGGUCAGCCACAAGUUCUCUCAAGGCUGUUCUGCUCAAGAGCAGUUCUGGGAAAGCUCUCUCAACCCCAUCUACCUCACAGGGUGUCUGUUAUGGGGAGGGGAAGGGAAAGGAGAUUGGUAAACCACUCUGAGAGUCCUUUGGCUAGCAAAGGGCAGGGUAUAAAUCCAAUCUCUUUUUUUUCUUCUUUGUUCUUCCAGUUCUGGAGCUGUUAUGGAGUAGAUGCUGGAUCUUCUUGCCAUGACCCAUGAUAGGGUCCUUUGCUUCUGACACUAAGGGCCAGUGUGUGCAGAAUGGGCAUGUUGAGAAAGUGGGAUGUGGAGUGAAUCCAUGAAGGCUGGAAUCCGUUCUUAAGCAGUUCAUUCUGCCCUACACUGGCUGUGCUGUUGCUGAAUUGAUAUUUAACAUUUUUCUGGUAGGAACAGAAAGUUUGGCAUGUACAGCUGUUUCUGACUGUGCCAGAGUGGUCAUGUGACCUGGCUUUAACUCUGAACAGAAUGAGAUUCAUGUGGCUCCAAGAAGCCAAAACGUAUAUAUUCCUAGGCUAUCUUUGUGUGAUGUUUUCGGUUGCCCAAGCAUUCUGCAUGCUGAUGUUGGCAACUGACUUCGGAUGAGUUAGGAGUUGGGCCAGACGUGAACCCACAUUUACUUCUUUGGAAUUAAAUCUUUUGAAGCAAUUUGGGUGUUUCUUUAUUAGGAAGUCUGAUGAUGUGUCCUGCAAUCUACCUGAACUCUGAAAGGUAGAAUAUCAUCGUGUCCUGAAUCAACUUUAUUUAAAAUCUGUCCUGCUAAGUUUUGUGGCAGGUUUCCUUUAACAGAUUUUAAAGCAACAGUUAAGUAACUGUAUGAUUUUACAGAGCCAGGGUUGAUUCUUUAUAGUCUAGUUUCGGGGGUGGGGGGAGACAUUGCAGUUUAGGUAUUGCGGAUCCUACUUGAUUCCUUGCAUUUCCAGUUAAAAGGAUCUUGCCAAACUAAGCCAAACUUAGAUGGAAUGAUAGCAGCCCUGCUUUCCUAUAACCCAAGCCUGUCCCAAUCACAUGUAAAGAGGGAGGACUUUAUAAAGCAGAAGGGAUGUAUGGCUUUGUACACGUGUGCACAUACAUGUGCUUGCUUAAUCUCUUCCUCUGCUUGGGGUUUACCUCCUCUUGGUUUGUCACCCUGGGUGCUUUUCUCCAGUACAAGUUGCAGAAACAUGGCAGGUUUGGAAAAAGUUCAUCUUGCCUCUCUUGGGUAUCCCUCGUGCUCUAAAUCAUUCUACAUUGUACAUCAGGGGUUGGCAUUAUUUCAUAACCAAAAAGCCAGCUUUGGUCAAAAUUCAGAGCAAAAGGGCAAUGAGCAAUCAGUAUGAGAAAGUUGACUUUGCAUGAAUGAUACUAUACAGUUUAACAUUGCUGUUGAAUGGCAUGCUGGUUAAUAGUUUGCAAAAGUUUCUGCAGCCAAAAAAAAAAAUGCUUCCUUUAUUAGGAACUGUCACAUGUGAUGUUUCUCAGUCAGUAGUAAAUAUAUGCAGGAGUACCUAUCUGAUAGUUUUAGAGCAAUGGCAUAAAUCUGUACAUGGUUUGCACUUGGAUGGCUGGUAACCACUCAUCUCUAAUCAUUUCCGUAAAACAUCUCUUAAUAAACCCUUUAGUACCAUAACAAUCUUUUCCCCGCCAUUCCCUUCACAUACUGGUUAUUCUAAGAUGCCUCUUACCCCUUCAGUGUACAUUUACUCUUAAAGAUUUAAUUUUCUGGGUUUUUUUAGGAGCCACAUUUGAUUGUGUAGAGAACUGCAUUUAGCUCUAGAACUACAGGUUCUCCAUUAUACAUGAGAGAUGGAUUUAGAGAAAUUAGUUUGCGGCUGUUACCUUUGGUUUGCUCCUUAGGCAGCAAGGUUAGGAACAGAUUCCACCUGAGAACUUUGGACAGCCACUCACGGUACUGGGUGAGUGGUCCAAUGAUCUGAUCCAGUUUAAGGGAGGGUCCCAUGUUCCAAGGAUGUUCCUCAUCCAAGGCAAGCUACUUUUGAAUGGAACCACCAUUUUUCAUGUAUUUUGGUUCUUUCCCUAAGUGGGCAAAGAAGACAUUUUACAGCAGUUUUUCCUCUUUGUUUGUUUCUUUUUUUUUUGCACCUGAUUGAAACUGCUGCAGCUUUUCUCGGAAUCGGAACUUGCGGCUCACUUGGAGUUUUAAACUCCCCAUGGCUGUGCUAACCUGUUGUAGCAAAAAAAUAAACAUUUUGUUGCGCCUGAGAAACUGCUAGUUUUAACAGCAUAUCCUCUUUUGCGGCUCUAGUCUACAAAUGUUUAUGCCGCAAUAAAUCUGUUGGUCUUUAAAGGUAUCACAAGACUCCCAUUCUGUUUUUACAGUGUUCAAGUGACAGCUCUUAUUUGAAAUCAAUGUCUGCAUCUUCUAUAGUAUUGAUGGAUUUUGUUCAUUUUUUCAAAUCUCUUUUGGCUGUGGUGUCUUGGCUGUGACGUUCUGUGUUUCAUACGAUGGGAAAAAGAAAAUACCGAUGGCUUUUAAUGCUGAGUAAUAAUGUAAUAAAAAACAUAAGCGAGCACACUGCA